AGCAACUUAAAAUUACAAGUUAGUUACAGAAGUUGCUGACUAAACCUGAGGCCCCAGGCAAUUUCUCGAAACUUCUUAUUUCAAUUAGCCGAAAUACAUACUGAAAUUGAAUUUUGAUAAAUGAAAAAUGGUGUAUGUAAUUAUCAUAAAGAUAAUUUCUAUCUAAAGUAUAAAAACUCUUAAAGAAGUUAAUAUUAUUCAAUUUAUUGAAAACCAAAAAUAAUGAGAUUAGCUCAAACUUUUUGGUAAUAGAUUUGUAAAAGCAACAGCCUUAUUGUACAUCAAUGUUCUCACAUGCCAACACCUUCAGCUAUAAGUAUUAUAAUCAGGCCUCCAAAAAACCAACAAUUUGCUGUCUGGACCGGUUUUGACCAUGCCGGACCAAUUUCAGUAACAGAAAAUGUUUAAAAAAUCAGUCAGAAAUAUGUCCAAAACUGCUAAGGCCUAAAAAAAAAAUUGUUUGGUUAGGGUUACAUCCUUUUCAAAAAUAGGUAGGGUAGGUAGGCUUUUUUUUUUUUUUUAUUUUUUUUUUUUAUUAGGCUUUAUAUAAGAAUAUCAUUUUCAUCAUUGGAGAAUGGUGUUAAAGCUAUCUUCUGUAUAAGCAUUUAAGGUUUAAAUUACAUAUUGAAAAGCAAUUUAAAAAAAAAUUUUUUUUAGUUUUUCAUUUUUUUUUCAAACUGACUAUAAAAACGGUAGGGUCGGCGCCUAUUCCGUAGGUAGGGUCGGGUAACCCGAACCAAAUGUAUUUUUUUUUUAGGCCUAAGUUAGGGAAAGUUGUACGAUAUUGGGUAACCGGUUAAAGAAGUACAUAUAUAACAGAUUAAUUGAUGCACAAAAUCCCUAAAAUUUCCUUAAAAGUGAAUCGAUAUGUAAACAACAUUUAAAAGAAAAACAAAUAUACUAAUCAAACGCAUGCUGAAAAUGUUCAUUGAAAAUAUAAAUAAAAUCGUAACAUCUUUGUUAUUUCCAGGUACGUUGACCCGAUGCCUUGAAAGCCUCGAAAGAGUCGAGCAGGAACACCCGGAUAGCAACUCCACCACAGAGGCACUCAAACAGAUGAUAAUCACAGCCUAUAGGCUUGAAUUAGAAAUGGAAAACACUUGCAGACAGUCAAUACGACGUAAAAUGAGGAAGAUUGUCCAGGGUAUGCCGUGGAGCCAGAGUCCCCGUAUUGAUGAUGAUUGGAAGAAAAAAGUUGCUGCCGAGAUGUUGGCCAGUCUAAGUGCUACCAGAUUAGCAAAGAGCAUAUCAUCCCAGAUCAAAGAUCGUCUUAACAAAUCCCACGAUGCCUUUCUGACAGCACUCAAGCAACUGGAAAUGAAGCACUCGGGACGACUUACUAAGAUCAAAGAGGAGCGGUUGAAACUACGGAAAGUGCAUGCACCGAGAGUUGCCAAGGUUGCGCUUGAAAGCACCUCGCUAAAAGAUGUCAUACUUUAUGGUAUGCCACAGAUGGGGCGAGAAAUCGGCCGUGGUCAAUACGGAGUUGUCUACUCUUGUGACUCAUGGGCAAGUUACACCCCCUGUGCCAUAAAGUCAGUUGUUCCUCCGGACGAGAAACACUGGAAUGAUCUUGCUCUUGAGUUCUUCUACACAAAGAAUAUCCCCGACCAUGACAGAGUCGUUAUGUUACGUGGCUCUGUUAUCGACUACAGCUACGGAAGUGGUACUCCCGCUGUAUUGUUCAUCAUGGAUCGACUUCAGAGAGAUCUGUACUCGGCAAUCAAACAAAAUCUGGACUGGGUCUCAAGAUUACAGGUUUCUAUCGAUGUGGUCGAGGGGAUACGGUUUCUUCAUGGUCAGGGCCUUGUUCACAGAGAUAUUAAACUGAAAAAUGUCCUAUUGGAUAAGGACAAUCGUGGGAAAAUCACAGAUCUUGGUUUCUGUAAGCCAGAGGCAAUGAUGAGCGGGAGUAUUGUGGGUACUCCAAUCCAUAUGGCACCCGAGCUGUUUUCGGGACGAUAUGACAGCAGUGUGGAUGUUUAUGCAUUUGGAAUUCUGUUUUGGUACAUCUGCGCCGGUAGCGUCCGACUGCCACAGAAUUUUGAACAGUGUGCCAACAAGGAGCAGCUUUGGAAUUACGUAAAAAAUGGUUUAAGGCCAGAGCACUUGCCCGUGUUUGAUGACGAAUGUUGGGACCUGAUGUCGAAUUCUUAG